AAGAGCAUGAAGUCGAAACAGACUUCUCUAAAAAAACGCGUACCGACGGAGAUUCUUCUAAUUUUAUUUUUGAAUCUAAAUAAAAACAUCCUUUGAUAUUUUCAGUAAUUCAAUUUUUAGCGCAUAAUUCAAUUUUCGUUUCCGUUACCCUCUCUAUCUCCCAGUAAUUUAGGGUUCCACAAACUCAAUCCAUCCCCCAAUAAUCUCUCCCACUCAAUCUAAUCAUGAAGCAGCAGACUAAAAAAAGAAAGAAGAACACUCACCGUUCCCCACGCGCCGCCGUCUCUCCUCAUGGUCAGCCAAGCAAUCAGCAACAGCAACAAACUGAAAACGUAUCCGUUUUAGCACUAAUGGAAGCAUUUGAUUCGAUCUCUUUUGAAGAAGCGUCAACGGCUUGUAAACAAGCCAACGGCGAUAUUAACAGAGCCGCCGACAUCUUAGCUGCCGACUUCUCAGACAAUGCGGAGGGUCCUUCCACCUCUAGUUCGGUUUCCAGCGGCUUUUUCAGUUCCGAUUUGACCUCCGGUUCUUCUAGCUCUAGUAGCAGCGGUUCGGUUUCCGAGGGUAAUAUGGUGAAUAAUAGGAAGGGCUUUAAUAGAGGAAGUAAUAAGCAGAAGAGAGUUAUUGCCGUUACUGGGACGGUUUCCACCAUUAUAGGCAAAGAAUAUGUGAAGGCUAGUCCUGGUAGAGAGAAAUUCUCUUCGAAACCUAAAGAAUUUUUGGCGACUAAGGAAGAUGCUGAACAGUUCUUGUGUUCUAUGCUCAGUGAUGAUUGUGACCUCGGUAUGGCUGUUGUUAGAGACGUGCUCUGUCAAUGUGGAAAUAAUGUUGAAAAGGCUUUGGAUGUGUUGCUUGAUCUAUCUUCUUCUUCCUACGAGCACUUGAGAAAUGAUACUGCAUUCCUUGUUGACUGUAAUGAAAAUGUGACAGAGAGGGCAAUCGAUAACUCUUCUAGUUCAGCUGAAAGCGAAGUUCAUGAUAGCAUAUGGGGAUAUGAUUGCAGGAAACAUUCUGAGGUCCUUACGAGUUCUGAACCUCCAACUAUCUCAAGAAGGGAUGAAACAAAUAUUCCUCAAAAGGUGUUGGAAUCAUUGUUUAACAUCCCCACAAGCUCUGAGCAUGAACCAGGGACUAUGAAUUGGCGGAAUGUGGCAAAAAAAAUGCAAUUAUUGGGGCCUGCUAUUGAUGCUUAUCCACCUAGUGAUGCAGUUCCUCAGCAGGGUGGCUUUGCUAAAGGUGCUGAGUAUCAUUUGUAUAGACAAUCUGCAAAGCAGCAUUGGGAUUCAAUGCGAUCUUGUUAUCAAAAAGCUGCAGUUGCAUACUCAAAGGGUGAGCGACAGUAUGCAUCUUACCUUUCUGACAAGGGGAGAGUACAGAUUAAGUUGGCCCGAGAGGCAGAAGAAAAUGCAAGCAAGGAUAUAUUUAAAGCUAGAAAUAAGGAUAUUGAGAAUGUGAUAACAAUUGAUUUCCAUGGGCAGCAUGUCAAACAAGCAAUGCGAUUAUUGAAACUUCACCUUCUAUUUGGAACAUAUGUCCGCUCUGUUCGAACUUUGAGAGUAAUCACAGGAUGUGGGACCCAUGGUCUUGGAAAGUCAAAACUCAAAGAAUCGAUCAUAGGACUGCUGGAAAAAGAAGGUAUAAGGUGGACUAAAGAGAAUCCGGGAGCAUUGCUCAUUAAGAUUGACGGAUCCAAAGAAUAUAGCUUUCUGGAUUCAGAUAGCGAUACUGAUUAACUGUAUGCUCGCUAAAUCAGCCGAAACCACAAGAGGUUUGUUGUAUUUAUUCCGCUGCCAUAAUUUCUUAGGCUUCAGAUGUUCAUAAUUAUGUAGAAACAACUUUCAAUUUAUGUAGUUAUGUGAAAGGUUAAGCUAGACAUACAGCUGAUCUUAGAAUGAAGCGGUAGAUUUAAGUGUCAAUUGAUGAGAAGUGUGAUAUAUGGUCAGGAUGUAAUUUAUAGAGCUAUGUAUCUCAAUUGUUCAUUCGCUUGUAAAUGAAUGGAACUGUUAAAUAUUUUUCUUUAUUGGGAGCUAA